GUGUGGCCCUGGCUGUCCUGGAACUCACUCUGUAGACCAGGCUGGCCUCAAACUCAGAAAUCCACCUGCCUCUGCCUCCCGAGUGCUGGGAUUAAAAGUGUGUGCCACCACCGGAAUGGGGUCCUUUAAAACAGGGUUUUAUGUAGUUCAGGCUGGCCUUCACCUGGAUAUGUAGGCAAGGUUGACCUCGGACUACUCCACCUCCUGAAUACUCGCUCAUGUUAAGGGAGCUCAACUGAGCCACAUCCCUGCAUGUAUUUUUGGAUGUAUUAAACCCAAAAUAGGUGCCUGGACAUCACACUGGGCAAUCAAGAUAGAAGAAGAGUCCCUGGCACCCCUGGCAUCAUGAUCGUACCUAGCUGCAAGGGAGUCUGGAUAGUAUUCACUCCAGGCAGCCACAUGCCCAGCUAAAAAUCACCAGCUAGGGAGGCAGGGUGUGUACACACAAGCUCUAUUUCAGGACACUUUGGAACAUGCAGUAAGCUCCAGCUUUUAUCCCUAGCCUCUCAAAACAGACAUCAAAAGCAACCCAGAACUGUUUAUUCAGAAAAGGAAGGGAAUGGGCCUGGGGCCACUAGCUUUCCCUAGCACACAUCCAGGAAGGCACAUUUGGGCAGCAGCUGAGUACUAAUGUAUCAGAGCACUGAGCUGGGAACACCAUUGUCUGGGAGAGUGGAGACAAGAGAGAAUGUAGAGCAGGGGACAGGAAGGUUAAGGAGUUACGGGAAACAUAGAAGCCUUUUGCUUCCUGGCCUUGGAGGACCAAUGUUCUAGGGAUCAAGUGGUUAGUUGCCGCCAUUUCUAAACUGAAUUACUGCCUCACGGCAUCUCUGCUGCCUUUCUCAUAGGCUGAGUCUGAAAACUCUUCAUCAAAUGACUAGUGAACGCAACAGAUGUGUCCUGGGCUGCGUAGUCAGCCCAGCCUGCUGUGGGAAGACAUUAAUGUGGGUCAAGCACAUUCCUGCAGUCCCUCUGCCUUCCGUCCAUCUGUCCGCUCUGCCUCCCACACCUAGCACCCCAGCCCGCUGCUGCCCCGGUGAGAACCCCCAGCUUGGGCCUUGUCAUGGUGCCAGCAGGUGGCCCUGAGCUUCUGACAGGGGCCUGCCUAUAGACCUGCAGGCCUGAGGCCUCAGACUCACACUCAAGGGGCAAGAGGCCCUGGUGGCCCACCUAAGAGCCACCUCUGUCCCCAGCCCUGCUGGCCCCACUGAUGUCUGACUGAGACCCAGCAGUGACCCUGAGCUGCCUGCCCACUGCCUCCUCCUGGUCCCUGAGGUUGGCUCUGCCGAGGACGGACGACUCUUCUGACAGCAGGCGGCUAACGGAAGCAGCCCCAAGCCUCCACCGCAGCAUGGGCAGUGCCAGCCCAGGCCUGAGCAACGUGUCCCCCGGUUGCCUGCUACUGUUCCCAGAUGUGGCACCACGAACAGGGACGGAGAAGGCAGCAUCAGGAGCAAUGGGCCCUGAGAAGCAGGAAUGGAGUCCUAGUCCACCCGCCACCCCUGAGCAGGGCCUGUCUGCUUUCUACCUCUCUUACUUUAACAUGUAUCCCGACGAUAGCAGCUGGGUCGCCAAAGUCCCCGAGGCCCGUGCCGGGGAGGACCACCCGGAGGAGCCCGAGCAGUGUCCCGUCAUUGACAGCCAGGCCUCUGGGAGCACGUUGGAUGAGCACUCGCUAGAGCAGGUGCAAUCGAUGGUUGUGGGCGAGGUCCUGAAAGAUAUUGAGACGGCCUGCAAGCUUCUGAACAUCACAGCAGACCCUGGGGACUGGAGCCCUGGUAACGUGCAGAAGUGGCUUUUAUGGACAGAACACCAGUACCGGCUGCCUCCAGCAGGCAAGGCCUUCCAGGAGCUGGGCGGUAAGGAGCUGUGCGCCAUGUCCGAGGAACAGUUCCGUCAGCGUGCACCCUUGGGUGGGGAUGUACUGCAUGCCCACCUGGACAUCUGGAAGUCAGCGGCCUGGAUGAAGGAGAGGACCUCGCCUGGGACCCUUCACUACUGCGCCUCCACCAGCGAGGAGGGCUGGACGGAUGGUGAGGUGGACUCGUCGUGCUCCGGGCAGCCCAUUCACCUGUGGCAGUUCCUGAAAGAACUGCUGCUCAAGCCCCACAGCUAUGGCCGCUUCAUCCGCUGGCUCAACAAGGAGAAAGGCAUCUUCAAAAUUGAGGACUCAGCACAGGUGGCCCGACUGUGGGGUGUGCGCAAGAACCGGCCAGCCAUGAACUAUGAUAAACUAAGCCGCUCCAUCCGCCAGUAUUACAAGAAGGGCAUCAUUCGUAAACCCGACAUCUCUCAGCGCCUUGUCUACCAAUUUGUGCAUCCAGUCUGAGAGCCACAGAGACCAGAGGCCUACAACCUGCCCCAGGCAGCCACUCUCUGGUUGGCCUGGUCCUCUCUGCUCACUCUGAAUUCAGGGGCUGCUGGUAUCCCAGAACCCAAGGUCCCAGAUAGACAGCCACUGAUCUAGGGAUACACAUGAGCUCUCUGGGUCAUACACAGGCCCCAGGAAGAUCGAGGGAGCUAGGAUUGUUCACAAACGGAACCGGGCUUGGACUGUGGAAUUCCUGGGGGAACCACCUACAGCACACAGGGACUGGACCAAGUCAGCUCACCGGACAGUGAUGUCACUGGUCUCUGCUCCUGCCACAAUCCUGUACCAUAUCUGGCAUGGUGCUAAGAGAUGUCUGUACCCUGCGUUGGGAAGCCAGGGGUGCCCUGGGGAUGGAUAAUAAAGACGUAAGAUAACUGUUA